AUGCAGAAUGUUCCGGAGUUCCAGCCUGAGCACCACGAAGCCAAAAUCCUACAAGCCAACAACUUCAAAGCCACCUUCCCCUCUUCCCCCAUCUACAAGGCCUCUCACCAGAUCCCAGCAGCCCCCAGUGGCAAGAGGAAUGCCAAGAAUGUAAACGCCUUCCCAGGUGCUGGCCCCAACAGAACUGUGCACGCCGCGGUGACUCAUCUGCCCCUUUCGGGAGAAGCCCAGACAAGGGAAGAAAUAAACGCAACUUUCCAAAGAAAACUCUGCAGCGGGAGGCUGCAGCAGGGCCGGCCUGGCCCGGGACUCCACGGCCCCGAUCCCGCCCUCGGCGCGCGGCCCCGGACAGCAGGCGCCGCAGCUCAGAGCUCCCGGAGGAAGCGCACUCCGCGCGGACGCGAGCGGGCGCCCGCCCUGGGCACCGGGCCGCCAGGGGCCGCGCCCUCCCCACGAGCCUCCUCUCGCGCAGGGCCGGGACGCCACGGCGCGGCCCCAUCCCGCGGGAAGCAGAACGCCAACCGCCGAGCGUGGCCACCCGCGCGCUCCUUUUCCACCGGGACCGGCCCCUCCCCUACCUGGCCCGGCGCGCGGCUGUCACCUGGGGCUGGCGCGUGCAAGCUCGGACCCCUGCUUCUCCAACGCGCGCCAGCGGGCGGCUUUUAA